AUGGAGCUGGGUGCUCCUAACUUCCAUAUUCUCUGGUUUCCUGUGCCAGUUCCCAGCCCUGAGAGCAUGGCUUGGAAGGAAGGGGGCACAAGCCCACCCUCGUGUUUCAUCCAGCGCCUGGACCACCUUGUGCUGACUGUGAAGAGCAUCGAGGACACUGUGGCCUUUUAUUCCAAAGUCCUGGGCAUGGAGGUGGUGACGUUCAAGGGCAACCGCAAAGCUUUGCGCUUUGGCCAGCAGAAGUUCAACCUGCACCAGGCUGGGCAGGAGUUUGAGCCCAAGGCUCGGCGCCCCGUGCCCGGCUCUGCAGAUUUCUGCCUGAUCACAACAGAGCCCCUGGAGCGGCUGCUGGAGCAUCUGCAGGCCUGUGGGGUGGCCAUUGAAGAAGGUCCCGUGGCCAGAACUGGUGCUAUGGGUCCAAUAACCUCCAUCUACUUCCGAGACCCCGACGAGAACCUGGUUGAGGUUUCCAGGUACUGCACGGAUGUGGCUGCAGGCACUGAGGGGCAGCCCUGACCACGGCCCAUGCUCUGCCUGGGUCCCAGCAGGGUUUGCCUGGCCCAUUUAAUGGUCCAGGCUUUAAUUGUGUAAACCUGGGACAAGCCUCAAAUCAUAGCCACAAAGUGGGGCUGCAAGGAUGUUGGGAGAUUUCCCAAGGCAGCCUGCUCUGCUCUGCUCUGCUCUGCUCUGAGUGUGAAUCCUGCUUUUAUACAUCUCCAUCAUGGAGAUUUCCUGG